AUGCAAUCCCUCAUUUGGGCCUCUAAUAUACCAUUGUAUAUCACUCAUCCUUCUUCUACAAUACCUUAUUUGAUCAAUGUACCCCGGGUCUCUUAUCUGCCGCUCCUUUUCCCACGAUUGCUAUCUUUCUUCGGGGAAAAUGUUACAAGUUUCUCCUAUGAAGGAAUUCUAUUGAAGAAUCUACCCGUUGGUCUAUUAUGUGAUCUAUAUCAACCAGAAUUGCCAUGGAGAAUAGAGUUAGGAGAUGGUCCAUCUUUUGAUAUUCAUGAUACUUUUAUCAAUAGCGUCAAAGAAGCCGAUUUCAUACGCAAUGGAAAUGCGAAGGGUAUAAUGAGCAUGUCAAAAGAACAUUCGACGCAAUUAUGGAACUCAGUUCAAGAUAAUGAUCUUCACACCUACCUCAAGAUUUCUACCAUUCUCCUCAACCCCGCUACUCCUCUAAAGCAUAUUCCAUUACGUAUAUAUCUACCUUCAUCUUCAUCUCCAUCUUCAACUCCUCAUCCAGCUUCCUCGAGUUCAUCAAAAGCUCCAGGUACUUCUUCUCCACCUCCACCACUUUUCGCAUUUAAAACGGUACAAACUCUUAUACAACCACAAACUGCAUCUCGUGAACCUCAAACAUUAGGAGGGGCCCUCAACACUAUUCUUCCGAGUUUAUUUCCAAGUAGGAGAGAUGCGAUUUUAGCGGAUGUUAUCUUACAUGGGGCAACAGUUCCAUUCAAGGCACCAUUGGAGGAUUUAAUGAGGGAAGCGAGUUAUGCGGAUGGAUGGUUAAAUGUGUGUGUCGUUAUGCUGAAUUGA